AUGGCUGCCACGGGUGAAGUCUGUGCCCUAAGCAAGGAUAAACUCCUCCUUUUCUUCCCCAAGGAACCAAACCCAGAGUGGGUUUCUACUAUAAGAGCCAAAUAUCCUGGCUUGCAGGUGAAUUGGGCCUCAUCUGUGAAGGAGGAUGGGCAACCGGUGGAUGUCAACGAAUUGCCUGUCGAAUAUUGGCAAGGGAUAACGUUAUUGUUCGUGGACUGGGCUCCACCGCCAGCUCACCUCCUCUCGAACGUGAGGUUCGUCCAGCUUGCAUCAGCAGGUGCAGAUCUAUGGCACAACCAUCCAACCUAUCUAAAUAAGGACAUAAUUUUCUCCAACGCCAGCGGAGUAUACACACUUCAAAUCGCUGAGUGGGUGAUAGGCACCUGGCUAAUGAGCCAACGGCACUUCCUCCGGUAUCAGAAACAGAUGGAUGAACAGGUCUGGGAGAUAUCUUCCGUCCCUACCGUUGAAGACUCAUACAAACUUCGAAUGGGCAUCCUUGGGUAUGGGUCUAUUGGCCGUCAAUGUGCCCGGAUGGCUCAAGCGAUGGGCAUGGAGGUCUACGCUUAUACACGCAGCGAGCGAGCCACGCCAGAAACCCGCAAAGACGACCAAUACAACCAGUUUUGUGUUCCAGGUACCGGAGACCCGGAGGGGGUAAUUCCUUCCAAGUGGUUUCACGGCACCUCAAAAGAAAGCAUCAAUAACUUCCUAGCUCAGGAUCUCGACAUUGUGGUCAUCAGCUUGCCACUAACUAAAGACACGGAGGGGCUCAUCUCCUACAAGCAGUUCGAGAUCAUGAGCAAAAACAAAACUUUCCUCACGAAUAUCGCACGAGGUCGCCAUGUCGACACGCAGGCCCUUAUUGCAGCUCUAGAGAAGGGCCAGAUUCGAGGAGCCGCCUUGGAUGUCACCGACCCGGAGCCCUUGCCGAAAGAACAUCCGCUGUGGAAGGCCCCGAAUGUUUACAUUACGCCGCAUGUUAGCUGGUUUACGAAAAAGGUGUGGGAUCGAAGCAUUGAGAUUUUGGAGACAAACUUGGAAAGGCUGAACAAGAACGAGCCAUGCAUCAAUUAUCUUGCCAAUCGGCAUUGA